CCGUCGGCUCAGUCCACUAUGAGACACGACGUGGUUAGGUUUAUUUAAACAACAGAAAAAAAAGAGUGAAGUGAAAUAACAAACGCCGGAUCUGCGACUUAAACCGGUUUUGGCCAUUCGAACACAAAAAACAAUAGCAUAGCAGCGAAAACGCAUGCAAGUGACGAAACGACCUUAAGAUAAACCCAGGAACGAAUUCAAAUAACUUGGCUUCAAAGAAAUUGAUUGAAACUUUUGCCAAAUCUUGGAUAAAUGCAUAGAAUGCAAAAUGUUGCUGCUGCUGCCUAUGCCAGGAGUCGGUAGAGAGUGAACGAGUGAAAGCACAGAGAAGAUAUUGGUAAAAGCGAGACAGUGACAGCAGUACGUGGCGCAGGAAGUGGGAGUACGAGUGGGAGAGAGAGCGAGAGGUCCAGUCCGCAGCAAAAUGACAUUGAGAAACCAAGGCGACAGCGGCAGCGACGGUGGCGUUCUUUGUCAUCGCUGCUGCACCAGCAGCACACAGCGACUGCGACGCCGACUGCAAAAGCAACAGCUAGCUUUUGUGACGCUUUUCCUGCUUUUCUUUGCUGCUACUUGGCCGCACAGUGCCCGUGCCCAGGGCGAGGACGAAGAAGAAGAUGGCCCGUACCGUGGAAAAUACUUGGGAAAACUCAACUCGUAUCACCAUCAGGUGUCCGGCGAUGUGUACGCCGUAAACGAGUACACCUUCCUCAUAGUGAACUUCAAUUACGAUGGCAACGGAGCGGACACGUUCUUCUGGUCGGGGGCCAGCAAUCGGCCGGGGCCACAGGGCUUCAUAGUGCCCGAUGAGUACGGCAAAACCAACAUCCUGGACCGCUAUCACAACAAGGACUUUACCCUCAGUCUGCCCGAUCGCAAGAAGAUUACGGAAAUCAAAUGGCUGGCCGUCUAUGACCUGAACAACCAGAACAACUUUGGCGAUGUCUUUAUACCGGAGGAUUUUGAGCCGCCGAUGCCCCAGCUGGGCGGCACCUUCUCGAAGCGCAGCCACAAUGUCAGCAGCAGCAGCAUCGAGAUCCUGGACUCCAAGACCAUACGCAUUGAGGACUUUACCUACGAUGGCCGCGGCAAGCGGACAUUCUUCUGGACGGGAGUGGGCGCACAGCCAUCGAGCAGAGGCAGCAAAAUGCCCGACGAGAGGGGAUAUCUGGAUCCCAUUCGGAGGUAUAACAAGGAGACCAUUGAGCUGGAGUUGCCGGGCGACAAGACCAUCUUCGACAUCGAUUGGAUCAGCAUCUACGACGUGGCCGACAAUGAGAACUAUGGCCAUGUGCUCAUCAACGACGGGCUGAAUGUGCCGCCCUCUCUGGUGAAGGUCACGCCAUUUGAGUUCUCGCUGCCCAAUUGCCGGCAGCUGCACAAGGACCUGCAAGUGUCCUGGGAGGUGUUUGGGCCGCAGAUCACCUUCCAGCUGUCCGGCCAGGUGGCUGCCAAUGAUUACAUGUCCUUUGGCAUUUCCGGAUCGGAUGUCUCCAGUCAAAUGAUCGGCUCCGACGUUGUGGUGGCCUACAUCGAUGAGAUCAGGGGCUAUACUGUGGACUAUAACAUCACCUCGCUGGCGCCCUGCGUCCAGGUGCUCGGCCAGAACAAGGGCGUGUGUCGGGACGAUGUGGUGGGCGGGCUGGACAGCUUCCAGUUGAACACAUAUAGCCGAAAGGAAGGCAUCAAUACCAUCAGUUUCAGACGCAUCCUCAAAUCAUCCGAUGAUGGCGACAAGGAGAUCUUUUUGGAUCGCAGUAACUAUGUGGUGUGGGCCUUCGGCCAGUUGGACUCGAACAACGAGCCCGCCUUUCACACACACUAUCCCAAGAGCGAUAUAGUGAUCGAUUUUAAUACCACGGAGCCGGUCAACGAUUGCUUCGCCUUCACCAAACGAACGGAUACGCCUGUCCAGCUGUGGGAGCGCACAAGGAUCACGGAUGCCACUGUGCGGACUUUCAAUGCUUAUCUGGGACCAUCGGGCGGUCUGCGUGGCUAUCAGGGGCUCACCGGUCACGUGUCCAGCGGUCUGGCCUGGUACAUCAACGGCUACAUGAUACCCGAGCUCUAUUUGAAGCGUGGCCUCACCUACACGUUCAAGGUACGCGGCGGCAACAAUCCGCACUCGCCGGAGCACUAUCAUCCGCUGGUGAUAACGGACGAUCCGCAGGGCGGCUUUGAUCGGCUGUCGGAUGCCAAGCAGAGCGAGAUCCGAGUGCUGGCCGGUGUAGAGUUUACCCGUCGCGGUCGACCCAAGCCCACGGCGGCGGGUCCGCUCUGCCUGUCGCGCUAUCCACCCAACUACGAUCGCCGCCUGGACGAUAACUUCGCCACAUUCAAAAAGUUCAAUCGAUCCCUGCUGACCGAGUGCGUGGACGAGGCCCCAGCCCUACUGGAGAUCACACCGAACAUUACCUGGCCCGAUACCGUCUACUACAAUUCCUUCACGCACGGCAACAUGGGCUGGAAGAUCCACAUCGUGGACAGCUACACAAAUCUGCGGCAUAGCGGCCAGUCCAGUCUCACCGUCUGGUCGUGGUCGCGCGUCGCCUGUGUCCUGCUGCCUCUGAUUGUGCUGCUCGCCUAUCCAGCGAAAUGUUGACUGUUGUUCUCUCAAUUAGUUUAGGCCACUAAAGUGCAUAUUUAAUGUUUUAUUCUAAGUGAAUCCGUCACAAUACGUACAUAUGUAUGUACGUAUGUAUGUAGGCAAAUAGUGGACUGCAGAGUGUGGUGUGAAGUGGUGCCCAUUUUGUGUAUAAUAAUAUUAUUUAAAUCGUAAAUAAAUGCAGAACUGUGUUUUAUUUUAGAAGAAAUCAAAUCUAUUUUAUAUCUGA